AGAAGAGAUGUCGGACCUGGGAUCAGAGGAGUUUGAGGAGGAGCACAAGCCUGACCUCGGGGAAUAUGAAGGGGAGCGGAAUGAAGUGGAGGAGAGACACGGUCAGGGUAAAACACGUUUUCCAAACGGUGACACCUAUGAAGGGUUAUAUGAGAAAGGGAAGAGACACGGCCAGGGAACUUACCGAUUCCGGAACGGCUCGCGGUACAUCGGAGAUUAUCACCAGAACCGGAAACAAGGCGCCUGGACCUUCAUGUAUCCUGAUGGGUCCAAAUAUGAAGGUGAUUGGGUGGAUGACCAGCAACAGGGACAAGAAGUCUACACCUAUCCCAACGGAGACACCUACAGCGGAGACUGAUUCUCCCACCAGAGGCACGGACAAGGCGUGUACACGGACACGGGAUCGAAGUAG